AUGCUACACCUUUUUUGUGUCAUUCAGAUGAACGACAGCCGCUUAGCGAUAAGAGUGAAACCAACCCGAAAAACUUGGAAUGGCUGCCCGUCGAACGUCAAACGAAGUAUGCAAUGCCACGCCUGCAAGGCCUGGUGGCAUUUCAAAUGCACGGGUUUACAGGACGACCAGAUAAGCCGACUAGCCAACUCUCCUGAUCCGUUUGUCUGUGCCAGCUGCCUCUACGUCAAGGGUGCAAUGCAUACCGUAGCGAAGAGAGUAGUCCCCCGAAACGGUACCCAAUCCCCAGUGCAGAUGCCGAAAGACCACUGCCAGUGUUCCGCUUUAAUCGGGAUACUCGACGCGAAAUUAGAGCCGAGCAUUCUGCCCCGCGCUGAGAACAUAAAGAGCAGUGCUACACCCUUUUUUCACUUGUGCCUUUCAGGUGAACGACAGCCACUGACCGACAAGAACAAAACCGACCCAGGAAAUUUGGGCAAAAGCCUCGAUCCUGUGUAUCAAUCCGUGAAUCCGUGA